CACGCUGGGAUGUGCUGUGACGUCGGCUGCAGUUCUGCCCAAAGUCGCUGCUACUCCAACAUUCACCAAACCCAUCUCACAGGCUUCAGUAACGACCGUCAGUCAGUCCCCGAUCGUCAUCGCCCCGCAGCCGUCCCUCAUGAAGCCCCCGCUGCCCCCCACGGUGAACAUCAGCUGUGGAGACAUGGCUAAAGUGGGCCAGCUCAUCGGCAAGCCGCAACAGGUCGUCAGCGGCGAGGAGGGGAUAAAUCUGGACGAGAUCCGAGAGUUCGCCAAAAACUUCAAGAUCCGCCGGCUGUCUCUCGGUCUCACGCAGACGCAAGUAGGCCAGGCGCUCACCGCCACCGAGGGCCCGGCGUACAGCCAGUCCGCCAUCUGCAGGUUUGAAAAGCUGGACAUCACCCCUAAGAGCGCCCAGAAGCUGAAGCCGGUUCUGGAGAAGUGGCUGGCCGAGGCGGAGCACUGGAACCAUAAGGGACAGCAGAACCUCAUGGAGUUCGUCGGCGGAGAACCGUCCAAAAAACGAAAGCGACGCACGAGCUUCACGCCGCAGGCCAUCGAAGUCCUGAACUCAUACUUUGACAAGAACGCGCUGCCGACGGGACAAGAGAUCACGGAAAUGGCUCGAGAGCUGAACUACGAUCGAGAGGUGGUGAGAGUUUGGUUCUGCAACAGGAGACAAACGCUGAAGAACACGAGCAAAAUCAACGUCUUCCAGGUCCAGUAGCAACGUCCUUCUGGAGAUAUUUCACACAGAAACGCAGGGAAGGACUGUGAGGAGAAUACAAGCCAAGUGGAAAAAUAUGAACUUUGGUAACACUUUAUUUUAAGGUACACAUAUUCGCCAUCAUCUAGUUCAGGGGUGCCCAACCUUUUUUGAACCAAGAGCUACUUUUAAAGUUGCCAGUCUGCCGAGAUCUACCAGUCCAAAUAGAGAGAGGGGGGGGGGGGGGUGCUAGCGAAAAUGAUGCCAUUUAAAAACAGCGGUCGUAUUCAAAAAAAUAACCGUCCUCCCACUCGGAGUGAAAAUGAUAUAUUUUGGGCUUCUUUGCUUCUGCCAUAAUUGCGGUCUUGUGUGUGUGCGGACUGUCACUCCUGUUGCCACGGACAACGUCAUCGAACAAGAGCCCACUGCCCACUAGCCACGCCCCGGCACAUGGGGUCACGCCAAUCACAAAGCUUUGGUGCGUUCAAGUGCAUUAUUCUGGCAC